GGAUACGUCACCGCGUACGGGUGCCCAGCGCUGCCGCCGCCGCUGAUGAUGAGAAACUUGGGGGAAGACACAAUAAUAAUAGUGGCGAUAAUGCUGAGACUGUAGGGGAAUAAGGCUCGACCUCGACCCGGAGUUUUACUGCGUUUUCCCGCAUCGCACGCUUCGUGUGGACGCCGCUGGACGGAUUAAGUCGUGAUUAUGGUGGUGAAUUCGGUGCACUGGUUUCGGAAAGGGCUGCGGCUCCACGAUAAUCCGGCUUUGCAGGAAGCGCUGAACGGCGCGGACACGGUGCGCUGCGUUUAUAUUCUGGACCCGUGGUUCGCAGGUUCAGCCAACGUUGGGGUGAACCGAUGGAGGUUUUUGCUGGAGUCAUUAGAGGAUCUGGACACGAGUUUAAGGAAACUCAACUCGAGGCUCUUUGUGGUACGAGGACAGCCAGCGGACGUGUUUCCCAGGCUGUUCAAGGAGUGGAAUGUGACCCGCCUAACGUUUGAGUACGACCCGGAGCCAUACGGGAAGGAUCGGGAUGGAGCCAUCAUUAAGAUUGCCCAGGAGUUCGGUGUGGAGACGGUAGUGAGGAACUCUCACACGCUAUACAGCCCAGACAGGGUCAUCGAGAUGAACAACAACAGCCCCCCGCUCACCUUCAAACGGUUCCAGGCCAUAGUGAACCGGCUGGAGUUGCCUAAGAAACCGCUGCCCACAAUCACACAGGAGCAGAUGGCCAGCUGCAGGACGCAAAUCUCUGACAAUCAUGACGAGCGUUACAGUGUGCCCUCGCUGGAGGAGCUCGGUUUUAAAAAUCAGGUGGAAGUCAAGUCGAUAUGGAAAGGAGGAGAAACAGAGGCUUUGGACAGACUUAAUAAACACCUGGACAGAAAGGCCUGGGUGGCAAGUUUCGAGCGGCCUCGAAUAAACGCCCACUCGCUCUUCUCCAGCCCCACCGGUCUGAGUCCGUAUCUCUGUUUCGGCUGUCUGUCAAGUCGAGUGUUUUACUACCACUUGAGAGAGCUCUAUGUGAAGUUGCGGAGAAAAUCCAGUCCCCCGCUCUCACUCUUCGGGCAGUUGUUAUGGCGAGAGUUUUUCUACACAGCGGCCACCAACAACUCUAACUUCGACCGCAUGGAGGGCAACCCCAUCUGCGUGCAGAUCCCCUGGGACCACAAUCCUGAAGCGCUAGCCAAAUGGGCCGAGGGUCGCACAGGCUUCCCCUGGAUCGACGCCAUCAUGACCCAGCUGAGGCAGGAGGGCUGGAUUCAUCACCUGGCCCGGCACGCAGUGGCCUGCUUCCUCACCCGCGGAGACCUGUGGAUCAGCUGGGAGAGCGGCAUGAAGGUGUUUGAAGAGCUGUUGUUAGAUGCGGACUGGAGUGUAAAUGCCGGCAGCUGGAUGUGGCUCUCCUGUAGCGCCUUCUUCCAGCAGUUCUUCCACUGCUACUGUCCAGUGGGGUUUGGACGCCGCACGGAUCCCAGUGGGGACUACAUACGGAAAUACAUCCCAAAGCUGAAGGACUAUCCCAACAGAUACAUUUACGAGCCGUGGAACGCACCAGAGUCUGUUCAGAAGGCGGCCAACUGCGUGGUGGGCGUGGACUACCCCAAACCCAUGAUCAACCACGCCGAGAGCAGCCGCCUCAACAUCGAGAGGAUGAAGCAGGUCUACCAACAGCUCUCCCACUACAAAGGCCUUAGUCUGCUAGCAUCUGUGCCCACCAUACAGGAGGAGGCAGAGCCCCCUCUUUCGGACGAUUCUCAGGCCAGCAGCAGUGGUACACCAUCCACAUCUACCCAAACCCAACCUUCACGCCAGUCCAUACCAAACCAAACCCAGCUUCAGCAAAGCCUGCCCCCCUCCCAGUCUCACCCUCAGCCUCAGCAACCAGAGCCCCAAUCUCCAGCAGCAACAGCAGCAGCAUCAGCAGCAGCUUUAGUUCCUCCUGCCCAGAGAAAACGGGGUCGGACCCCAGAACCCCAGCGCUCACUCAACUCCAAAGUCCAGCACACCAGCCAGGCCAAAGCAGCUGAACAGCCGGCACAGACCGCAGACAAGCAGUGACCACAUAGCUAUCUAAUAAGACAGAUGGAGAUAAUAGAGAGGCUGUCUGACACGAAGAUGGAAAAUGAGAGGACUCUCAGACAUCCAACAGGAUGGAAGACAGCUAGAUAACUGCUACACUACGCUACGACCAGCCACUCCCCGCACAGGAUUAGCAAACAGACUAGUAAAGGAGUGAGAAGCGACUGACAGACUGCUGCAGUAUGUUAUCCUUCUGCUAUUAGACAGAGCUACAGCUUUUCUUUUACAGUCUCCUGUCAUCAUCUUCAGCAUCUUAGGCUGCUUUUCUUUUCAUUAUGUCACAGACCAAUCAGGCGCAGAGUCAUGUUGUGCAUUCAUGAUAUAUUAAUAUAUCAAAACAGUAACUACAGAGGUUUGACAAUGAAACCGAAACACCUGUCAUUUUAGUGUAGUAGGUUUCAUAGCUAAAUUGGGGCAGUCUGGUGGCCGAUCUUCAUUAAUUGCACCUUUCACCAGUAAGAGCAGUGAGGAGUGUGAAGGUUCAAUUAGCAGGGUAAAAACACAGUUUUGCUCCAAAUAUUGCAAUGCACACAAAAUUAUGUGUGACAUACCAGAGUUUAAAAGAGGACAAAUUGUUGGUGCACGUCUUGCUGGAGCAUCUGUGACCAAGACAGCAAGUCUUUGUGAUGCAUCAAGGGUCACGCUAUCCAGGGUAAUGUCAGCAUACCACCAAGAACUACCAACCACAUCCAACAGGAUUAACUGUGGAAGCUGUAAGAGGAAGCUGUCUGAAAGGGAUGUUCGGGUGCUAACCCAGAUUGUAUCCAAAAAAAACAUAAAACCACGGCUGAUCAAAUCACGGCAGAAUUCAAUGUGCACCUCAACUCUCCUGUUUCCACCAGAACUGUCCGUCAGGACAAUAAAUUAUUGUGGUCUAAAAUCAGGAAUUUCAGUUUCAUUGUCCAACCCCUGUAUUUGGGUUAAAGUCAGAACUUCAGAACAAAUCUGAUUUUUGUUAUAAGCAUGAGGUACGGCACGAAUUUGUUUAGUGAAGUAAUAAAUAUUUAUGACCUCUAUCCUCCUCAUUUGACAGCUUUUGAAUAGCUGAAUAAACUACAGCUAAAAGCAGUCAAAGCCAUAAUGUUCUUUUCUAAAUACAAAUAAUGUAUUAAGACAAAUACAGUAGAUUACUGUGCGUAAUUGCUUGCGGUAUACACAGGCAUUUAAACAAAAACAGGAUUUUUUUCUUUUUUUUUUUUUUUUCAAUCAGUGUUGAGUAAAUAUUAUUUCGGUCUAUAUGCUUUGUGUCUUUAGCUCUAAAACAAUUUAAAAAAUAACCUGUUAUUUCUCCAAGCCACUCUAAAAUCCUAACGACUCCUGCAGACAGUUCUAAAACACUACUGCCCUGCGGUUUCAGAUACAUACUAUAUUUUAUUAAGACUAAAUCUAUUACUAUCUAUUACAGUUAUUGACCAUUAAUAAUAGGCUGUUAAUUAGCCCCCGCCCCAGCCAGCUAACUAACAGUACAUUCCACGCGAACAUGUACAUUCAAGAUGACGAGUCAAGUUCCCUCAAGCUUAAUGGAAUAGCUUUAUUUAUUUUGUCUUUUUUUGUAUUGUACAAAAGAGUUUAUUUUCAUGGAAGCGCUGCUGGGAUGGCGAGCUGCUCUGUUAGUAGGCAGUCAUUUAUUGAAGCCUCCUCACUGCAUGUUUCUGUCAGCGACAAAGACAAUGUUUCUGCGAUGUAUUGCAUCUACGUUGUUGGAAUGUAGAUCACAAUAUGUCCAAAUAAAUAAAUAAAUACAUUUUCUCAAAGCAGUUGAA